UUACUAUUUAUUAGGCUAAGUGCUGUAAUUGUUUUUAAAACAGAAGAGUGUUGUUAUAUAGAUCUAGGGUUGUGUACUUCCGCCAUCUCUCUUGGACUUUUAUUAAAGUGAAAGUGCGAUGGCACCUUUGUUUUCAUGGCAAUGAUUUAUGAAGGCUAGUGCUCAUGUGACCUAGACCAUCUGCCAUUUUGAUAGUAUUUAUCACCGUUCGCACUAUCAAUCAUGUUUAAUUUUAUGAAAAAGGAUAAGGAUAAAGACAAGAAAAAAGAGGAGAAGUUGGAAAAAAAAAAGAAAGAAAAGGAUGAAAAGCUUGAGAAGAAAGAGAAAGAAAAGAAGGAGCGGCAGAACAUGACUCCAGAGGAAAUGUCAAGGAUAGAGGAAAUGAAGAGAGGCGUGUUGCGUAGGUUUAGCGACAGAGACAAGAAAAGGUCUCUGAGAAAGUCUGGAGAAAACCAGGACCACCCCAGCCCCACAGAAAGUGAAAGCAGUGGAGAUGGAACCUCUUCCAACAGGUCAAGUCCCACAAAAGAAGCAAAACCACUGACAAGACCCCAACCCCUGCCACGGCAUCAGAUGCCUGCACCACCAACAGCGGCUGUGGCAUCGAAAAACCCACCGCCUGCUGUUCUCCCAAAACCCAAGGGAAUACUGAAAAGUAAAGCUGAAUCAUCAUCAUUCCAGCACUCAGACCUUGAUGACUCCAAGCUGCUUCAGGAAAACACCAAGCGUAAUGAAGAUUUAUUCACAGCUCAGACAGCUGCCAAAACUACUACAGCACCCCUCGCAUCACAGAGAAGUGUUCCAGAACCAACUGAAGAAUACAAGGAAGAAGAGGAAGUUGUGAAAGCAGAACCUUAUUCCUCCAAGCUCAAACUACCUCCUAUCAGUCCUGCUAGGGCACCUCGGAUCAGGGAAAUUGUGGUCCACAGGCUCCAGACAGGCGGUUUUGGUUUCAGCUUGCGGAAAGGUUUGAUACCAGAACAUGGGGGUGGACCGCCCCGUGUUGUCACCUUUGCUGAACCAGGCAGUGGUCAAUUUAAUAAUCCCACAGGCCUGUUACCAGGGGAUCGUCUUGUAGAGGUGAAUGGGGAGAACAUUGAGAGUCUCUCCAGGGAGGACAUUGUGGAAAUUAUAAAGAAAUCUCCAGACACACUGACCUUGAAAGUCCAGCCCAUCCCAGAGCUUAUAGAACUGAGUGUCAGGCCCAACAAGGAUGGCACCACUACUGACAUUCAGGAGGAUGCUGCUAAAAGUGGAACUUUGAAAAGGACUGGAAGUCUACGCUAUAAACAAUUGGCUAAGUCUGAAGAUGAUGUCAAGUCGGAGAAAGAGUGGCUGGAGACAGAGAAAGUCUGGCUACUACACAGGGGUGGCUUUUCCGAAGUGUUCCUCCUUAAGUCAGAGAGCACCGCACUGGCCGAGGGUCGAGUGAGGGUCAAACUCGAGUCAGGGGACAUAAUUGAAGUUGAUGAGGAUGACAUUGAAAAGGCCAAUCCACCGCAGUUUGACAGAGCAGAAGACCUGUCAGUACUGAGGUACUUGAAUGAGUCCAGUGCCUUGCAUACUUUGAGACAACGCUACGCUGUCAAUCUCAUCCACACAUACGCUGGUCCUCAUCUUGUGGUGGUCAAUCCCAUACAACAGCUGCCCAUCUAUGUAGACAAGAUCAUCCAACUUCUGAAAGGCUGUAAACAAGAAGAUAUGCCUCCGCAUGUGUUUUCCAUGGCACAAAUGGUCUACAGAGAUAUGCUGAACACCAGGAAGGACCAGUCCUUGGUUCUGUUGGGCAGGAGUGGCAGCGGCAAGACCACCAAUGCCCAGCACGUGAUGCAGUACCUGAUCACUGCCACAGGAAACAACAGUGUCUUCACAGUGGACAAGCUUGCCUCUGUGUACACAUUGCUUCAUGCCUUUGGCAACAGCCGAACAGCUCUGAAUGUUAAUGCCAGCAGAUUCACCCAGAUAUUUACUGUCGAUUUUGACCAUUCUGGCCAGAUUGGCUCUGCAUCUGUACAGGCCUUGAUGUUUGAAAAGUCUCGGGUAGUCCGACGUCCAGAGGGUGAACCCACAUUCAGUAUAUUUUAUCAACUUCUGGCUGGAGCUGAUAGCAACCUCAGGACUGAACUUCAACUCCAGACACUGAAUGAAAGCAACUUAUUCAUGACAGCCCCACAGAAGCCUGAAGACAAGCAAAGGUCAGCAGAAGCUUGGCUCAAGGUCCAGCAAUCAUUUGAUAAUCUGAGUUUUACUUCUGAUGAGGUCAAGGCUAUACUGUUAGUGCUGGCAGCUAUUUAUCAUUUAGGCAAUGCUGGAGCCACGAAAGGUCUCAACAAUAAGCCCCAGUUUGCUAAACCAGCAGCAUCACAAAAGGCAGCCUCUUUGCUGGGGACGACAGUGGAAGAACUGAGUAAAUCAAUCUUCACCACAGGAGGCUCCUCAACUUUGAACCGCAGUGCAUCUCUGAGAGUGUCGAAUGCCAUGGAAAGACCUGCCUACCUGCCGUCUGAAAGUGGCUCAACCCCACAAGAAUGUCUGGAAGCUUUUGUCAUUGGACUUUAUUCUGAUGUGUUUAAUGCUAUAGUCAGUCUGAUUAACAGGUCCCUGUCAUCCAAUGUGCGUUCUAACAACUCUAUAACUCUAGUGGAUACUCCUGGAUUCCAGAGCCCAGUCUCAAGUGGGCAGGGCCGGACUGCAGGGGCUACUUUUGAAGACCUUUGCCACAACUACACUCAGGAGAGACUCCAGGCCUUCUUCCAUGAGCUGACCUUGGCAACGCCUCAGGAAAGGUACAGAGAGGAAGACAUAGAGUUGGAUUUUGAAAUCACAGCCUCCAACCAAUCUCAGAUUGUAAAUCUCUUGGAUAGACCACCACCACAAAACCUGAUUCGAACUCCCUCCUCAUCAGAUGUAAAGAAUCAAGACAAGAAAGGUUUAUUAUGGAUCUUGGAUGAGGAGGCAGUGUUUCCUGGUGCCACUGAGGACAGUUUUAUGGAGAGGCUGUUACAGCAGCACUGUGAACAGCCACUUAGAAAAGACAGUCUGUUGCGUAAAGGCUCAUUGGGCCAUACUUUUAUACUAAACCAUAAUAAUGGAACCACACCCGUCCAGUACAACGCCCAGGGCUGGCUGAAGGCCUGCAGAGAGAACCCUACCACUAGGAAUGCCAGCCUGGUGCUUCAGGACUCCAAAAAGCCCAACAUUGCUCAGUUGUUCACCAGCACAAAAGGGCAAACUACAGGCAUUGUCAGUGGUUCUGUGGUUGGUAUGGAAGGCUCCACAUCCCUCAGGAGGGUAGGCAGCAUGAGGAGGACUUUUGUUGGACAAGCUGGGCUGAAGAAAAAGUCUGUUUGCUUGCAAGUGAAAUUUAAUGUGGACUCAAUAGUGGAUAUAUUAAAGAAGACAAAUGUUCACUUCAUUCACUGCUUGAUGGCCCAACACCCAGCUGGACUUGGAGAACAGCACAAGUCUACGCAGGAUGACAAUAUCAUGAAUGUACCAUUGGUCAGAAACCAACUCAGGGGAUUCCAGCUGCUGGACGCUGUUAGGUUAUACAGACAAGGCUUCCCAGACUCUAUGCACUUCACAGACUUUAUCAAGAAGUUUGAGCCCCUGGUGCCAGGAUUGAACAAAGGUGGACAGGGAGAAGGGGAUGAGAAAAUGAUGGUCAAAUUGAUCCUGGACAAUCUUGAUGUAGACAAACUUAACUAUCGUGUUGGUCAUAGUAGGGUGUUCUUCCGCCCUGGCUGCUUGGCCCAGUUAGACCUGAACAGGGAUGAGAAGUUUAUGGGCAUAGUGGAGCAGUUCCAGGCUCUUUGCAGGGGAUACUUAGCCCGCAAAAAGCUGGACAAGAUUAAGGUUCAACACACAGCCAUCCGCUGUAUACAGAGGAAUGUACGUAGAUACAUGCAUAUCAAGGAGUGGGAAUGGUGGAGGCUGUACACUAAGGUCAAGCCCAUCUUGAAUGUUCACAGGACCGAGGAAGAGCUUAAGGAGAAAGAGGCUGAGAUUGAACUUCUCAAGGCUCGAAAUGACAAGUUGGAGAAGGAAAGGGCAGAAUACAAGACUCAGUGUGACAAGCUGGAGAACAGGUUGGCUGAGGUGACGGCUGACUUGGCUGAAGAAAACACAACCUCCAUUGCUGCUGCAGACAUGUUGGAAGCAGAAAGUGCAGAACGUAUGAGAAUAGAGAAAGAAUUCAAGGAUUUGCUGGCCAAGUUUACUUCCAUCAAACAGAAGAAUGAAAAGCUGCAGAUGGAGUUGAUGCAGACCAGGUUGUGGCAGGCUGAGGCUGUGGAAGAGGAGGAGCAUGGGGAGGAAAAGGAAGAAGACUCAGUGUACAAGAGCAGGUACGAGCGAUUGGUCAGAGAACUCCAGGUCACCAAGAAACAGCUUCAGCAGCAACAUGAAGAAGAAUUGGAACAAGAGUUACAGUCCAGGAAGUUGAUUGAAAAAAGACUCCAUGAAGCUGUGUCUGAAGCAGAAGAACAGAGACGCCAGGUGCAAGUGGCCAAGAAGAAAGCCCAAAGACUGACCACAGAGAUGCAGGACAUGAAGCUCCACUUGGAGGAACAGAUGGCAAGAAAUAACGAGCUGGAAAGAAAGCAGAGGAGGUUUGAUACUGAACUCAGUAUGGCUCAUGAAGAUGCCAAGGAAGAGAAGUCUGCUAGGGAGAAGUUGCAGAGAGAAAGAGACCACCUCCUGUCUGAGAAGUACACUCUGGAACAAACCUUACAGCAAGUGAAACAAGACCUGGUGGCGGCACAAGAGAAAUGUGAAAGACUGGAGAAAGAGACCAAUGACUUAAUGUUGUCAGGAAAAGAUAAUAAUGAGGUGGUGACCUUGAAGCGACAGAAACAUGACCUGGAAGUUAAGAUUCAAGAACAAGAGGAAGAACUGGAUGACCAGGCUGGACAGAUCCAACAGUUGGAACAGGCCAAGUUGAGGCUGGAGAUGAACAUAGAGAAAAGUAAACAACAGCAGGUCAAAGAGUUGGAAGAGAAGGAGGAAGAGAUUGAGGAGAUGAGAUACAAGACACAGAAGAAGCUCCGACAACUAGAGAGCCAGCUAGAGGAAGAGUAUGAGCUGAAGAAAAGACUCCAGGAUGAGAAAGCACAGCUGGAGAAACAGCUUCAGGCAGCUGGUAACAGAGGACCACAGCGAGAUAAAGAUGCAGAGAAUCGACUCAGGCGCAACCUUCGAAAGACCAAAGCUUUGCUGAAUGAUGCUGGUGCAGCUUUGCUAAAACAGAAGGACAUUGAGGUGCUGAGAGCACAGAUGGCUGCCUUGAAAAACCAGUUGGAAGAUGCAGAGUUUGCUUCAGCUGCAGCAGUCAAGGCCAAGAAGAGAAUGGAGCUGGAAAUGCAGGAGCUGCAACAACAGAUUGAUGACCUCACCAGAGCUAAACAGGAGUCUGAGGCUCGGAGUAUGUCUCUGAUGAGAGAGAAGACAGACCUUCAGAGUAGACUAGAAGAAAUGGAGGAGGACAUGAAUGAUGUCAUGAAGAAAUACAAGGCAGCAGUACAGCAGCAAUCUGUUGACCAAAUCACAUUAAGUGACCAGAUGACUCAGAUAGAGGAACUGAUCACAGAGAGGGACAAGUUCAAACAAGAGGUGUCUGACCUUCAGUCACGUGUCCAGUCCUAUGAUGAGACCAUGGUGGACAAACAUAAAGUGGAGAGGCUAGAGACCAAGGUCAGGGAUGUUGAGAACCGCCUUGAAUUGGAAGUGACCACAAGACAGAGAUUAGAGAACCAAGUAAGUCGUCUUAAAGAACAAAUUGAACGGCUAACCACUGAGAAAGAAGACCUGAACCUGGCAAAGAUGUCAGCCGACGAGGCCAACAAGAGAGUACAGAAACAAUUAAGAGAUUUGAGGGAAGAGUUUGCCGAAGUACAGAAGCGAGAGCUGGAGGCUUCACAGAAGAAAAAAGAAAUGGAGAGCCGUGUGGAAGAGUUAGAAGCAGAGCAUGAACAUCAUCAGUCUGACUUAAAACUGGCACUAAAAAGAAUCACAGACCUCCAAGCAGCACUGGAGGAUGACCUUGACAGUGACAGUGAUGCCUUGAUGUCUGACAGUGAUGAUGAUGACAUGUCUGAUAGCGAUGACUUGAAUGACUACCAGGUCAAUCACAAGAAAGGUAGCAGCGCACACAGGACAGGAGCCUUGACCAAUGGCCAGCAAGUCAAUCACAGUGAAGCUUAAAGUUCCACACUUCUUAGCUGGACAUUGUGACCAUAUGGACAGCUGGACAGUCAUCUUCUGGAUACUUGAUGUUUCUACUGCAGAAUGUUAAGGCAUAAAGGACAGCAGCCCACCCCCACCCUUUUCCCCAACUGUGUAUGUGUCAAACAGGAGAGACUAUGUAUCUACAUUCACACAAUUGUCAAACAGGAGAGACUAUGUAUCUACAUUCACUCACUUGUCAAACACAUGAGACUAUGUAUCUACAUUCACUCACUUGUCAAACACAUGAGAAUAUGUAUCUACAUUCACUCAAUUGUCAAACUCAUUUGACUAUGUAUCUACAUUCACUCAAUUGUCAAACUCAUUUGACUAUGUAUCUACAUUCACACAAGUGUCAAACACAUUUGACUAUGUAUCUACAUUCACACAAGUGUCAUGUGAAUUGAAUUUGUUUGCUAAGGAACAAAUGGAAACAUAUUGAGAUUUUCAACUUAACCUUUUUUUUUUAAACUAGGAUAAUUUUUGUCACUGUGACAUAUCACACACAUACUUUCAAUGACUAUCUGUUGGUCACAUUAGACCAGUGGUCUGUGAAGAAUGGAGAGUGUCCAGAAUGACCUCCCUCAUGAUUUAUCUACCCAUGUAUCAGCAUGCACAUUAGCUAAUUGGGUCAUGACCUUCUUGGGUCAAAGUAAUGAUACCUUUUUUUUCUUAUUAUUAUAUUGUAAUAAUUGACCAUUAUUAUUAUUAUUAUUUGAUUAGCAUGUCAUUUAUAUUUACACAAUGUCUUGGCAAGAAACUGUAUUUUAGUUGCCUUGCCUUUAUUUACUUAAUCGUAUCUGUUGCUUGUGUGUUGACAUGUAUUGUACCAUUGUGUUUCUUGAAGGAGUGUGCCUGGUGGUUAUGUUGGACAUACUGUAUUAGGCUUAUAUCAUAUCAUAUAUAUAUAUAUAUAUAUAUAUAUAUAUAUAUAUAUAUAUAUAUAUAUAUAUAUAUAUAUAUAUAUAUAUAUAUAUUGUCAUGUGACAACCGACUUUAAGGGACAUUGUCAACUGAACCGUAGACUAGAAAUUUGUCUGAAGACUAUUAUUCUCUGUUGAUAAGCAGUAAGUAUUAGAAGGUCUUGGGAACUUGUCUUUUAAAGGCAUAGACUUUUUGAGGUUAUGUGAGAUUGUCCUUUGAAGGGAGGGACUUAAUGGGGGCUAUGUGCCCUCCCAUCCAUCUUUGCUGGGGCCCAAUGUAUGUCUGUUCAUUCAACAGAGAGAUUAUUCUAUACAAGUAAUAUAAGUAUUUUUAUUGUUUUGUAUUUUAAACAAGUUAAAAAAUAACUCAUAAGCCACAGGAACUUUUUUUUUGUUUUUAUUUUAUCAGCAUUGUCUUGUUACUAUGUACUCACAGUGAGCUCUAUACACUAAUCAAAUUGAUGUAGUAGCCUUUAGAAUAUUUGUAUUGUGGUAGCUACUUGGAUUUUAGUUUUAAAAAAAGAAUGAUAUUUACCUAUUGGUUAAAUUGUAGUCUAGCCUUUCUACCAAACCGGGACUUGUAGACGUAUUGUGUAAAAGGGGAUGGCUGGUCAAAACCUAUACCUGUCUGUGUGUGUUAGGGUUCAGGGAUGGCAUGUUGUGGGUAGUGUCCCAUCAAAACUACCCCAGUGAACCAGAAGAGUCAUAAAUGUGAUUGCUUGAAGCAGGGGAGAAAACAACUAUGGUGUUCAAAGCAGAUUUAUGUCCCCUGAAUGACUUAAUGCCAUUCCGUACUUUCGGCUGUGUGUCAGUGACAAGGCAGUUUGUCCUGUGUCCUUGCUUUAUAGACUUGUAAGGUGUCAGUGACAUGACAGUGUGUUCUAUGUCCUUGCUUUAUAGACUUGUGAGGUGUCAGUGUCAAGGUAGUGUGUUCUAUGUCUUGCUUUAUAGACUUGUGAGGUGUCAGUGUCAAGGUAGUGUGUUCUGUGUAAUGCCUAGGAACAAACGCAAUGCAGAAAUAAAAGUGUUGUUUUUUUUUGUAUAAUCUACCAGUGCACUGGGGCCUGUUUGUACGACAGUCAGUGCACGUGUGCUUGUUGUUUGUAUGACAAUCAUUGCAUGUGACUUAAAGUUUGUAUGACUGUACAAGUGCACGUGAUCUGACUGUGCUGUGAGUUGUCAGGUCCAGAUGAAGACAUUUUGUCGACAGAAUCAUUGUCCACUUCAAUGUAUUCCCGGCCCAUCAGCCAGCAUUCAUCUCGACAUUAUUGUGUCAUUUUUAUUUGAAUAUAAACAUGAUUUGUUCUCUGA